CGCAGGCGCCUGUAAAUUUAGUCCUUGCCCAUUGUUGGGGGUUUUCAGUGUGAAUAAACAUCACACUGGGAGAGACAGAUAUCCUUCAGCUGUCUGGGAGUUUCAUGAGGCUCCGGACCCCCGCCACGACGGAGUGCGGUUGGUCCUCCUGCAAGCGCGGGCCAUCCCGUGAUGCCGCGGGCCGCAGGAGGCGGCGCUCUGGGCCCGGAGCCCCGCCCGGUCAUCCCGGCGGCGCGGGGAGUCCCGGCGCGCACCGCGCUCCUUCGAACGGGCCGUGACGGCGCGAGGAUGGAGGGCGCGAGCGGGGAGCAGCUGUGUCACGCGGUCUCCCAGUGCGUGCCCCACCUCAACCUGUCGGCCAAGGAGCUGGCCAGUCACCCCAAGUUUUCCCGGCUGCUGCUGUCGCUUACCGACCGCCUCGACCGGACCGGGCUCAGCCUGUCGCUCAAGAGGGACCUGGAGAGGGCCAGUGGGGAUCUCAGGGCGCGCAGAUGGCAGUGGCUGGCAGCGGAGGCGCUGGAGAGGACGGUGGAGGAGCUGGCGGCCGAGCGACAUGCAGCUCACGCUGAGAAGGCUCCAAAUCGGGAGGACCAGCAGUUCCUGGAGACUCUGGAGCAGUGCUGGGCACUGGGGCGAUGCCGGAGGGGGCUGGACAUGAGGACGGAGCUGACUGAGGACCCCCAACCCCCAUUGCUUGGCCUGCGAAAGGACCACUUGAACGAGCUGCAGCCUGGGACCAAGGAGGUUCUGGCGAUGAGGCGACGCCUGGUGACUGAAGUGGAACAGCGACUGGUGCGGCAGUGUGUGGAACUCCUCACCUAUGUCUGGCCGCAGUAUGAUGGAGAGAGCCCAGGAGUGGUGCUGGCGCGUGGACGGGAGCUGGUGGAGUGGAUCCAGGCAGAGGAACUCCGAGUUGAUGGCCUAAUGCAGCAGGACCAGUUCAACCAGGCAGCCAUCAGCAGGCAGAUGGUGGCAUGUCUCACGGUGCUGAUGCGUUGCUACGAGCUCCUUCGGACCCUGACGGAGACCCACCGACUGGACUGCCAGCCGUUACUUGACCAGUCCCUCCUGGAGUACCUGAAGUUGAAGAGACAGAUGAUGUUCAGCAAGCUGCGGUUACUGAGACUAGAGGUCCAUCAGGAGAUGUUCAACAGAGACGUGGUGGGAGCUCACCGGACCAUCAGGGAACUGCUGCAGGAAGCACUGUCGCUACAGGAGGCUCGGCUCGGCCCCACGAUGGGGCAACUGGAUCUGUUCCGCCAGCUGGGCCCCGAGUUCGAGGACCUGGUCCAGGAAUACAACCGGCUGCUAGGGCGCCUUGAACACAAGCGGUGGGCCCUGAACAAUUUCAGCGAGACCCUGGGGAACGGGGGGAGUGGCUAGGGCAGGGAGCAAUUAAAAAACUGCACCUCACCCCGUCUCCAUUCUGUGUGCUGGCCAAGGGAGGUGUGACACUUCCACUGGAUUGGUCCAUGCAAUCUGCAUCCGAUACAUUUCCUCUUCCCCACUGUGCCCCCCCCAUCUACAAUUCGGUCCCAGCCUAUAUCUGUAUUCUAUAUAACCUCAACCCUCAGCCCCUCUCCCAAACUCUGGAUCAGAUCCAAGCCUCUAACUCUUUUCCGGGGAUCUGUUAUUCUGUAUACAAACCCACUAAAUCCCUGUAAUUUGUAUAUAAGAUCUCCCCCUCCACCACCGAUACCCCCACCAGCACCCAAUUGAUAGCUAGCAUGCCAUUGGCUGGUACAGUCCGGCGCUCCACCAAUUGCAGGACGGCAGAGCCCCGUCGCCUGGCGCAGGAUGACGUAGACAGGGUCAGAGAGGUACGUGGCCAGCAGCUGGUUGUUCACCUGCAGGAAGGUGAGGCCCUGUGGAGGGAGGGAGGUCCUGGUUACUGACGGCCCAGGUCCACAAGGGGACACUCCCCACUAAGUGGGGUUAGUCCAGGCACCCCACAGCCACCACAUUACUUUACUGCCAUCAAGAUAAGUAGAGACUUUUUUUUUUAUUAAGUGCAAUUGUGAACAAUAGCCAAAUCAGAAAUGCUGAUCAAGUCAACUAGUUCCCAGAGAGAACUCUGAUAGGCCAGUCAGAUGGUUCACUGCUGCUCAGCGACAGAACACAAAAAAAUCAUAUGUACAAUUAAGAAACAUUAAAGAAUAGUAGAAAUACUGGAGUCAUGAUGAUCAUGAUGAAGUCUGCUGGAGAGAGACACUUAUACACAUGCUGUCCUCCAUAAUUCAAAGAGAUUGAAGGAUAAGGUUGCAGGGUGACAAAACACGGCAGGAGCACUUGGAACUAAAAACUAAUCCCUACCGGAAGAAAACAGCACCUGUUCUUUCCGCUCUGUUCUCCAGCAGUUUAAGGACUAAGUUCAGCCGGAACAUAACUCACAAGUGCUCUUGGAAGUCAGGAAUUAACCCUACCUGCCAACAACCAAGCAUUGCCAUCCUGGUCCCCUUCAUGAUAGCUUAUGAAGAAGCCUGUGACUUCCCUCCCAGAGAUGAUAGGUGUUUGUGCACUCGACUCUUGAAGGCUUGGUCCCCAUCGUCGCAGAUGUUUCCAACCACAGCAUCUGGAAGGCUAUUCCAGAUUCUGAUAGCACAGUGAAGGAAACUUCUAUCCAGUGUGUAGGUUCUUGCAUCAGGCACAGGAACAGCAUGAGCAGGCAUAGAUAAACUUAGAUAGAUAGACAUACUUUAUUGAUCCCGAGGGAAAUUGGGUUUUGUUACAGUUGCACCAACCAAGAAUAGAGUAUAAAUAUAGCAAUAUAAAACCAUAAUAAUUAAAUAAUAAUAUGUAAAUUAUGCCAGAUGGAAAUAAGUUCAGGACCAGACUAUUGGCUCAGGGUGUCUGACCCUCCAAGGGAGGAGUUGUAAAGUUUGAUGGCCACAGGUAGGAAUGACUUCCUAUGACGCUCUGUGUUGCAUCUCGGUGGAAUGAGUCUCUGGCUGAAUGUACUCCUGUGCCCAACCAGUACAUUAUGUAGUGGAUGGGAGACAUUGUCCAAGAUGGCAUGCAACUUGGACAGCAUCCUCUUUGAUCGUGUGGUGCGCCGUCUCUCAUGAGAUGAAGGCAGCAUGGCGCGAAGGUCUGCAGGGCUGUGGCUGGUGGGCAUUUUGUAUAGCACAGCAACCUGUCGUCUGUGGUGUAAGCUACUGACGGCUAGCUUCUCACGAGCUGUGGCUUCAUCUGCACCUAUAAUCCUGAGAGCCUUUCUUUGAGUGGAAUCAAGCUGGCCGAGGACACUCUGUGAGGCAUUCAUCCAUGAUAAGCAGGCAUACUCCAUGAUACUUCGUACCCGGGCUUUGUAAACCAUGGCUCUGCCCUCUUUGUCUAGUUUGGAUGCUGCUUUCUGCAGAGCUCCAAGCCUUGUUUGAAAUAGUAGAAAGAUGUUUAUCCCACACCAACUUGCUGUCAAUAUUAACACUAAGGAUUACUAGCUCCUUCUUUAAAUCCAGCUUGCAGUUCCCAAAAUGCAGAUCGGGGUUAGAUGGAUUCCUCUUCCUAGACAUCACCAUCACCUUGCACUUAGUAGGCUCAAAGGUGACAUUCCAGUCGCCUGCCCAGGCUUUCAUCCUGUCAAGAUCCCUAUUCAGGCCUCCUGCCGCUGUAUCACUCUCUCCUGCUCUAAUUGGUGCAAAUAGUGUGGAGUCGUCAGUGUACAGGUAUAGCUCGUUACUGCAUGCAUCAACCAAGUCGUCAAUAAAGAUGGAAAACAGAAGUGGCCCAAGUAUUGAACCCUGUGGUACAGAUGCAUUGAUGGUUGAAGAAUCAGGAGCCUGACUUUGAUGGUCCGUCCGUGAAGGUAGCUCUGCAGCCAUCUAGGCAGCUUUCAGAUAUUCCUUUGGAUCUCAGCUUAACUCAGAGUCCAUUAAGCCAGACCUUGUCAAAUGCUCCUUUGAUAUCCAGGGCUAUGAGACACACUUCUCCACCUUUGUCUAAGAAGGUGUUCCACGUUUGAGGUAAGGUGGUGAGGAGAUCGGCUGUACUGUGAUCAGGUCUAAAUCCAUACUGCCUACUUGACAUAGAUUGAAGUGUGCUCAUUGUUUUCAGAGGAGCAUAAUCACACUCAGUGGCCACCUUGUUAGGUACAGUGCCAUGCAAAAGUUUGGGCACCCCAAGGGAUUCGAGCUCUCAGAUAAUUUUUACCAAAGGUCUCAGACCUUUAUUAGCUUGUUAGGGCUAUGGCUUGUUCACAGUCAUCAUUAGGAAAGGCCAGGUGAUGCAAAUUUCAAAGCUUUAUAAAUACCCUGACUCCUCAAACCUUGUCCCAACAGUCAGCAGCCAUGGGCUCCUCUGAACAGCUGCCUAGCACUCUGAAAAUUAAAAUAAUUGAUGCCCACAAAGCAGGAAAAGGCUUUCAGAAGAUAGUAAAGCAUUUUCAGGUUAUCGAUUCCAAAGGGAAUUACAGUGUCACAGUAACAUUACAAGGGCACAGAUAAAUAAAUAUUAGGAGAGUAGUAAGAAAGAAUUUUUAAAAAGUUGCUUUAAAAAUAAGAUGUACAAGAUUUACAGGAUCUACAAGCCCGGUGUAUGGGGGAGCACGCCCCACUGUGUGGUUAGAUUAGUCUGUGCACUCCAUAUCACCUUACCCUCCACCCCCCACCCCAUGUAGGUGGAUGGGAUGAGACACUACAUGUGUACCAACCCUGAUGCAUUUAAGCUCUGCCAUAUCCCUCUCAACCUUUCCUAUACCUAUCCCUGUCCAAAUGGGUUUUAUAUGUAAUUGUACCUGCUUCUGCCACUUCCCCUUUUCAUAUACCCAUCACCCUCUAUCUGAGUGAUAGACCUACCUCUGAGGUCCCCUAUUGAAUCUCUUCCCUCUCACCUUAAACCCAUUUUAGAUUCCCCAGGGGGUGGAGAGACUGUGACUGUCCACCAGAAGGAGAAAUCAAUCGAUGUUGGUUCCAUCAGGUUGGAGGCUACCCGGAUGCUGCUCCUCCAACCUGAGGGUGGCCUCAUCUCGCCACAGGAGGAGGCCCGUGGUCUGACAUGUCGGGACGGGAAUGGGAAUCAGAAUUACAACUCUCCACCUCAGCUAUGCCCCUCGUGUUCUAUGAACUUCUUUCGGUUCUCCCCUCAGCCUCCCUCACUUCAGGAAAAACUGUCCCAGUUUGUCCCGUCUCUCCUUAUGACCGAAGCCCUCCAGUCUGGGCAACAUCUUCUCUGCACUCUCUCCAGCUUAAACCACAUCCUUCCUAUAGCUGGGUACAGUUCUGCAAGAACAGCUGUAACGUAGCAUCCCAAAUCCUGUACUCAGUGCUGUGAUGAAAGCCAGCGUACCAAAUGCCUUCACCACUCUGUCACCACUUUCAAGGAACCAUGUACCUGCACUUCUAGGUAAAUUGUCACAUAGCCAGAGUCUUGCAGUGCUGUCCAUACAGAUCAAUUCAUUACACGGUGCACAGAGUUAAAACAAUAACAGAAUGCAGAUUGAAGUGUACGGAGAAAAUAUAGUGAAGGCAGAUAAAAGUUGCAAGGCCUUAAUGAGGUAGAUUUUGAGGUCAAGAGUCCAUCUUAUACAAGAGGUCUCAAGCGGGGCAGAAACAGACCUUGAGCCUGGUAGUACGUGCUUUCAGGCUUUUGCCAACGGGGGGAGAAGAUGAAUGUUGUUUUUUUUUAUUAUGCUGGCUACUUUACCAAGUCAGAAGUAUAGGCGGUGUCCCUAGAGGGGAGGCUUGUUUCCUGCAAGCGCAACUCUCUGUAGGUUCUUGUCAGGGUAUACAAAUCUGCCAUGCAUGUGUUUUCCAGGCACCCCCUACUCUCUGUAAUAAUGAAAAAAAGAGCUUGCCCCACACACUUCCUUUAAAUCCCCCCCCCUCACCUUAAACCCAUGCCCUCUAGUAAUUGAUAUUUCUCCCCUGGGGUAAAGGACUCUGUCCACUGUAUCUGUUAUAAACCUCAUCCAGGUCUCUGGAUCUUUACUCUCUGACCUGUCCUCACGGCUGCAUUGUGUAUGUGUGUGUGUCUGUCUACACUGCUGUCUCCAGUCAGCGGGAACCCCGGAGAUUUUGAUAGCGGGGCAUUCAGGGGUGAUAAAUUCAUUUAAUGUUAUGUUCAAUGUACACCCAUAGAACAUUGAACAAUAUGGCAAAGAAACAGGCAAUUCUGCCCAUGAAGUUGUGCCAAACUAAUUAAAUAUCAAAGUGAACCAAUCCCUUCUGUCUACACAAAGUCCAUAUCCCUCCAUUCUCUGUAUGUUGAUGUGCUCUCUCAUAUAUGCCUCCACCUCCCCGGCAGCAUAUUCCAGACACCCAUCACUCUCUGCUCUGCUCACCUCCCGCCUACUCUAUGUAUGCCUCUCAUAACCUUAUAAACCUCUAUCAGGUCUCCCUUCAGCAUCUCCUUGUAGCUCCUGCCCUCUAAUCCGGGUAGCAUCCUGGUGAGCCUCUUCUGCACCCUCUCCAAAGCCUUCACAUCCUUCCUGUAACGGGGUGACCAGAACUGAAUGCAAUACUCCAGAAGCAGUCCGGCCGCAGUUUUAUUAAAGCUGAAACAUUUUUGGAGUUAGCUGCCUACGUACAGGGUGACAAAUUCAGAUGCACACCUGGUGCUCACGAGGAGGGAUUUGUGGGGAGUUUCUGUCGGGAAUGUGAUCUGGACAUCUGACCCGGUUUGGAUUAAUCAGUGACCUUGUUGACGAGGUUCUCCCAGGUAUCAGCGAUCUUGAUCAAACUGUACAUUGCUUCUGCAGAGUGAAGGUCAGAACCAUGGGCCGUGGUUGCUGGAACGUAGGUGGAACAGGCACAGGAGGAGGCCACAGACUAACACAGCACUGAAACAGGACCUUCCAUCCAACCUAUCCAUUCCCAUCAAAGCCAAUCACAUUUCACCCUUGUCCCUUUCCUAUCUAUGAUUCUGUCCAAGUGCCUUUUGAAUGUACCUGCCUCAACACUUAUUCCAGCAGCUCGUUCCAUAUGCAGACCACCCCCUGGGUGAAGAAGUUGCCCCUCAGGUUUCUAGUCAAUCUCUCCCCUCUCACCUUAAGCUCUGAGGGAAAAAAAAAGUGUGCAUUUUCUUUCCUAUGCCCCUUAUGAUUUGAGCCUGUCCGGUCUCGUUAUAACUCAGUCCCUUGAGUCCUGGCAACAUCGCUUUAAAUCACCUCAGCACUCUCUCCAGCUUAAUAGUAAGAAGGCGACCAAAACUGAACAUAAUACUCCCAAGUGUGGCCUCACCAGUGUCUCUUGCCACUGGAAUAUAACGUCCCAACUCAUUGCCCUGACAUAUGAUGGACGGUGUGCCAAACACCCUCUUCACCACUUGGUCUAACUGUGACGCCACUUUGGGAAACCAUAUACCUGUCCCUGUACCCUUGAGUCCCUCUGUUCCCCAGGGCCCUGCCAUGGCCUACCCUGGUUUCAAUUCCCGAAACAUCUCGCGUUGCGCUUAUCUGGGUCAAACACAGAUAUCGGCCCGACGGCCCAACCAGUCCAUGGUUCCCAACCAGCUAGACGUAGUUUCCUGCACUUGACCCAGACCCCACCCCUCCAUGCACCUGGGUGCUUUGGUGGUACAACCACUUUUGGCAGCUCGUUCCAUCCGCGUGAAAAAGUUGUCAUUCAGAGCCCUUUUAAAUCUUUCCGCUCUCACCCUAAAUCUAUGCCCCCCCCCUUGUUAUGGACUUCCCUAUCUCAAGGGAGGGACUGUUCCUGUCCACCCUAUCUAUGCCUCCUGAUUUUAAACACUCUGUAAGGUUGCUCCUCAUUUUCCUUUAUUCCAUGGACGAAAGACCUGCCCAACCUCUCACUAUAACUCGGGACCUCUAGUCCUGGCAAUGUCCUUGUAGAUCUCUACACUCUUUCCAGUUUAACCACAUCUUUCCUAUGACAGGGCAGCCGAAAGACUACAGAGUAUUGCAAGUCUCAGCAAUUACCUUUACUACUGCAAUGUAAAGUUAAUGUACAAUGCUAAUAUUAAUGCAACACAAUAAACCAACUUACAACGUACAAAUGGUUUUUUUAGUGUAAUAUUAAGCCAGGUACAGUGAAAAACUUGUCUUGCAUACUGUCCAAACAAAGAAUAUUGCACAAUAUAGGUCAGUUGUGGAUAUGGGCUGAGAAAUGGCAGAUGGAGUUUAACCCAGAUUAAUAUGAGGUGUAGCACCUCGGUAGGACAAAUGCAAGGAGACAGUACACUGUUAGGGGCAAGACCUUUAACAGUGUUGCUGAGUAGAGAGAUCAUGGGGUCCAAGUUCAUAGCUCAUUGAAAGUGGUUCAUAGGAGGUUAAGAAGGCUUAUGGAAUGCUUGCUUUUAUUAGACGAGGCAUUACAUUCAGAAAUCAAGAGAUAAUCUCUGGUUAGGCCCCAUCUGAGGUAUUAUGUACAGCUUUGGUCCCUCCACUAUAGGAGCCUUUGGAGAGGGUGCAGAAGAGGUUUAACAGGAUGCUUCUGGUUGAGAGGGUAUAUGUUGUCAUGAGAGGCUGGAUAAACUUGGGUUGUUUCCUCUGGAGUGGCCGAGGGGAGAUCGGAUAAGGGUUUACAAGAUCAUGAGAGGCGGAGAUAGAGUAGACUAAGAGUAUCUUUUUUCCCCAGGGUAGAAGUGUCUAAUACCACAGCGCAUGUAUUGAAGGUGAGAGGGGAGGAAGUUCAAAGGGAAUGUGAGGGGUAAAUUUUUGACUCAGUGGUGGAUGCCUGGUAUGGUGGUAGAGGCAAAUACAUUAGAGGCUUUUAAGAGAUGUUUGGAUAGGCACAUGAAUAUUAGGAGGAUGGAGGGAUAUGGACAUUGUGAAGGUAAGAGGGAUUAGUUUUUUAAAAAUUUAUUUUUAGCUGGUUUGGCACAAUGUUGUGGCUGGAAGGGUCUGUUCCUGUUCUGUGUUCUGUGUAGAUCAUUUCAUUACAGAGUGACUUGAAGUGGAACAAUAGAAAACAACAGAAUGCAGAAUAAAGUUGCAGUCGCAGGGAAAGUGCAGUGCAGGUCGAUAAUAAGGUGCAAGGCCACCAUGAGGUAGAUUGUCAGGUCAAGAAUCAGAAAGGGACCCUUCGGCCCAUUUAGUCAAUGCUGAAACCAUUUAAACUGCCUGCUCCCAUCAGCCUGCACUGGGACCAUAUCCUCCAUACCCCGGCCAUCCAUGCAUCUAUCCAAACUUCUCUUAAGCGUUGAAAUGGAGCUCGCAAGCACCACUUCUGCUGGCAGCUCAUUCCACACUCAUGACCUUCUGAGUGAAGAAGUUUCCUCUCAUGUUCCCCUUAAAAUUUUCACCUUUCAUACUUAACCCAUGACCUCCAGUUGUAGUUCUACCCACUGAGUGUCUUAUAGCAGAGGUUAGAAGCUGCCCUUCAGCUUUUUUAUCUUCAGCCCGGUGGAAGGGGGGAGAAGAGAGAGUGCCCAGGGUGGGAGAGGUGUCUUUUGAUUAUGCUGGCUGCUUUACCGAAGCAGUGAGAAGGGAGAUUAAUUUCCAUGAUGUGCUGAGCUAUUCCCACAACACUCUGCAGUUUCACACACCUACCUUCUCCCCUCACCUGGUCUCACCUAUCACCUGCCGGCUUGUACUCCCUUCCCUCCCCCACCUUCUUAUCCUGGCUUCUACCCCCUUCAUUUCCAGUCUUGAUGAAGUGGCUCGGCCCAAUAGAUCGACUGUUUAUUCCUCUCUAUAGAUGCAGUCUGACCUGCUGAGUUUGUGAAUCUACAAUUUCUUGUGGUCCCCAGCAGAACAGUAAUCAUACCAGGCUGUGAUACAUCCUGGUAGGAUGGUUUCUAUGGUCUAUCAAUAAAAACUGGUGACAGUCAACGUGAAUGUGCCAACUUUCCUUAGCUUCUUGACAAUGGCCUCUCCUUGCUUGGACCAGGGCAGCUCUUGGUGAUGUUCACUCCUGGGCACUUGAAGCUCUCCACCUCAGCACCAAACUUCAAAUUGGUUCAUUUUCAUCCCUGUCGAGGGAGCACUCAAGAUCUCGAAGACCUCCUCAGUCCCUUGGACACUGCGCCCCUCCCUCUUCAUAGAUACAUGGAAACACGACGUAAACUUCAAUCUUCAGAAAAGUUUCAAAAAUGAUUCCGGAAACCAAUGCAACAGGAGGAAAAGAUUAAUGAUGGCAAAGAACACACAAAAUGGUGAAGGAUCUCAGCCCAAAACUUUAUUCUGCUACAUACCUACUGAGUUCCUCCAGCAUUUUGUGUGUGUUGCUCAAGAUUUUCAAUAUCUGCAGAAUUUUUGUGCUAAUUAAUGGUAAAGAUAAUGUUGUAGAAAAUUAAAUAGCCAGAAAUAAAAUUGCAGAAAGGUGUACUGUGUUGAGACACUGGGUUUCCUUGGACAAAGGUGGGUGUUUAUGCUUUGGGAGCAUUCCAGGUUUCUGGCCUGGAAUGGGGUGGGUCGUCCUGUGAGGGAAGGCUGGUCUGCUCCAGUUAGCAGAGGAAGAAGGAGCUGGGUCCUGACAUUUCUAGAGUGGUGUGGAGAAGAUGUGGGAGAAACA